AUGUCUGCAGACGAAACGGAUGCGAAAUUUCAUCCAUUGGAAGUAGAUCUGCAAUCUGAAGCAGCAGCAGCCGCUCAUUCACGCAGCUCUUCUCUCCAGGGGAAGCCCAUGGAGAUGAGUAUGGAUAUGGACAACACUCUGUCUCGAAGAAGCGAAGACCAACAGACUACAAAUGAAGACGAUUUGUUUUUGUUUAACAGGUUACGAGCAUCGCAGAACAGAGCUAUGGACUCGCUAGAAUCGCAGCCACAAUAUACACCACCAAGUGCCGCCUCGACGGAUGUGUCUGCUGAAUUUACAAGUUACGCUGCGGUAGCAACAUUACCACCUCCUUCUCAUCAUCAGCAACAACAACAGCAACAGCAGCAGCUUGUCGUGCAAGCUCAAUACACACAGGGCCAGCCAAACUUGCAAAAUGACACUGUAGGGACAGCCGUAUCGGAGCAGCCCUUUUAUGUUAAUGCUAAGCAAUACUACCGAAUCUUGAAAAGGCGGUAUGCAAGGGCCAAACUAGAGGAAAAAUUACGAAUAUCAAGGGAAAGAAAGCCGUACCUGCACGAGUCUCGGCAUAAGCAUGCCAUGCGAAGACCUCGUGGUGAAGGUGGGAGGUUCUUAACUGCUGCUGAAAUCAAAGCCAUGAAAUUAAAGAAAACAGGAGAUAGUGACGAUGUUGAGGAUAAUCAUGAGGACAAAAAAAUUACUACUAAAAUAAUACAAGAACAACCACGUGCUAAUUCCACCGUGGCAGGGGCAGACGAAAAGACAUAG